AAAAUCCUUGAAAACUUGAGGGAAAUGCCUAAUCCUUUUUCGACAUUAAAACCGCGUAAAACUUACGUGGUCAGUGAACUACAAAAUCAUUGAACACGUAUACGAUCCAUGUCAAAGUCCAUGACUAUCAUACGUCCAGUACAGUCUUUCAUCUUCUCAAGUGGGCGUUAAUUGGUCAUCUGCAUCAUCCACUUCCGAAAUCCCGCAUAAAGUACGGACCAAAAUAUCAUGGGAAUUUAAUUUACGAUGAUAUAAAUUGAGGAUGGACAAGCAAAGUUUAACCAUUUAUAGUUUCACAGUCUCAACGUAAACAGAGGAUAGUGGACAUUGUGCUAUUGGAGAGGGACCAUAAAUACCAGCUUUACUGAACGUUUCUUGCAUUUAAAGUACAUACUUCGACAGAUUUAAAGAGUUUCUACUUUGUGAACACUAAAAUGGAUUCAGAAGUACGAGCGAUGUUGGCAGGCAAGUCUGAUGGCGAGAAAUACUGUACUGUGGCUUAUGCUUUUGCUUGUCUUCUGACUGGCCCCGUUCCUUAUCAAGGCCCUGAAUAUAACAUCUUUCCACGCUACGACGAUGACGAUGAUGAAGAGAGAGUUCAAAUUAAAGGUGCCUCUUCCAGCAAGAAGUCCAAAGUAAAAAAGUCAAAAUCAAAGUCAACCAAGAAAGACGACCGAAAUGAAAAUUCAGAAUGAGUCUGGCACUCAAGCAUUGAAAAUUAAAGACUGUUAUUUAUGUAUAGGAAUCUUUGCUGGCAAAGUAUUCAAUUGGAAAUCACGCGCCGAACUUCAAGAAUGAACUUCCAGGUUAAAAUUAGGUAGAAAAGUGGCUAUUACUAGAAUUACGAAUUAUUGAAGAAGGGAAAGAACUCAAAAUGCACUUAAAAGGAGAAAAAAUCUCUCUAAUAAUUAUAUGAAAAAUCCACGCAGCCGAUCCACAAAGGAAGCGAAAAAUAAGAAAGAAAUGUCUGCUAGAAACUAAUGCCGGUAAAAAGGCCAUACAACGCUGUACAAAAGAAAUAUAAAAUGGGGUACAGAAUUUCAUGAGAAAAUUGAUAUUUUCCAAGUUUUAUGAUAAUGACUUUCAAGACAAAAGUUUUUAUAUGAAUAUUUAUUGUAAAAGUACAUAAGAACACAUCUUGAAAUUUUGAAAUUCGAUUUACAUUUGAUUCGGAUCCUGUCGAUACGAUUAUAUUUAGUGUUUUCAACUUUAUGAUGUUGAAUUGUCUGUACAUUGUAAUUUUUUAUCCCUUUUAUAAGAAAAUGAAAUUUAAAAUAAAUGUGCAAAAUUAAGAUAAUAAGUUGAAAAAACUGUAUUUAUCAUGUUUUCACACAAAGUCAAAAUCAACACUCAAAUUAAACUAAAAAAAAAUUUCUCCAAAAUAUUUAUGAAAUAAAUUGUACAAAAAUGAAUACCAUUGUCAUGCAUCAAAUAAAAUUAAAUGGUUGCCAUCUUACUGUGAUGUCAUUUGAGUCUGAAACAAGCAGGCUGUCGUCAUGACAACACAAAGCCAAAACAAAACCACGUACUCAGUGACACAGGAAAUGGUCAUGCAAGAGAAACUAGAUAUAUCGUCAUAUAUGAAAUAUUUCAUCAAAACAACAGCCAAAAAUAGUGAAAAGUAUAUCAAAGAAGUGGAUUUCUUAUUAUUCUUAGACGGACAGUGAGAAAGAAAUAGAGGAUAUUACAUGGGCG